AUGAGGCGGAAGGAGAAGCGGCUUCUGCAGGCGGUGGCGCUGGUGUUGGCGGCCCUGGUCCUUCUGCCCAACGUGGGACUCUGGGCGCUGUACCGCGAGCGGCAGCCCGACGGCACCCCCGGGGGAUCAGGGGCGGCGGUGGCCCCGGCGGCCGGCCAGGGCUCACACAAUCAGCAAAAGAAGACAUUUUUCUUGGGAGAUGGGCAAAAGCUGAAGGACUGGCACGACAAAGAAGCCAUCAGGAGGGACGCUCAGCGCGUAGGAAAUGGAGAACAAGGGAGACCUUACCCCAUGACUGAUGCUGAGAGAGUGGAUCAGGCAUACCGAGAAAAUGGAUUUAACAUCUACGUCAGUGAUAAAAUCUCCCUGAACCGCUCUCUCCCUGAUAUUCGGCACCCAAACUGCAACAGCAAACGCUACCUGGAGACGCUCCCCAACACCAGCAUCAUCAUCCCCUUCCACAAUGAGGGCUGGUCCUCCCUCCUCCGGACUGUCCACAGCGUGCUGAACCGCUCGCCCCCGGAGCUGAUCGCCGAGAUUGUGCUGGUCGAUGACUUCAGUGAUCGAGAGCACCUAAAGAAGCCACUUGAAGAUUACAUGGCCCUUUUCCCCAGCGUGAGGAUUCUCCGAACCAAGAAACGAGAAGGGCUGAUAAGGACCCGGAUGUUGGGGGCCUCAGCAGCAACUGGGGAUGUCAUUACGUUCUUGGACUCACACUGUGAAGCCAACGUCAACUGGCUCCCCCCCUUGCUUGACCGCAUUGCUCGGAACCGCAAGACGAUUGUGUGCCCGAUGAUUGACGUCAUUGACCACGACGACUUUCGGUAUGAGACGCAGGCAGGGGAUGCCAUGCGGGGUGCCUUUGACUGGGAGAUGUACUAUAAGCGGAUCCCGAUCCCUCCAGAACUGCAGAAAGCUGACCCCAGCGACCCAUUUGAGUCUCCCGUGAUGGCCGGUGGACUGUUUGCUGUGGAUCGGAAGUGGUUCUGGGAGCUGGGCGGGUACGACCCAGGCCUCGAGAUCUGGGGAGGGGAGCAGUACGAGAUCUCGUUCAAGGUGUGGAUGUGUGGGGGCCGCAUGGAGGACAUCCCCUGCUCCAGGGUGGGUCAUAUCUACAGGAAGUACGUACCCUACAAGGUCCCCGCUGGAGUCAGCCUGGCCCGGAACCUGAAGCGCGUGGCCGAAGUGUGGAUGGACGAGUACGCGGAGCACAUUUACCAGCGGCGCCCGGAGUACCGCCACCUCUCCGCCGGGGAUGUGGCCGCCCAGAAGCAGCUCCGUAGCAGCCUGAACUGCAAGACUUUCCGGUGGUUUAUGACCCAGAUCGCCUGGGACCUGCCCAAGUUCUACCCACCCGUGGAGCCCCCGGCUGCGGCUUGGGGGGAGAUCCGCAACGUGGGCACAGGGCUAUGUGCAGACACGAAGCACGGGGCCCUGGGCUCCCCACUGAGGCUGGAGAGCUGCGUCCGGGGCCGUGGGGAGGCCGCCUGGAACAACAUGCAGGUGUUCACCUUCACCUGGAGAGAGGACAUCCGGCCUGGAGACCCCCAGCACACCAAGAAGUUCUGCUUCGACGCCGUCUCCCACACCAGCCCCGUCACCCUCUACGACUGCCACAGCAUGAAGGGCAACCAGCUCUGGAAAUACCGCAAGGACAAGACCCUGUACCACCCUGUCAGCGGCAGUUGCGUGGACUGCAGUGAGAGUGACCACAGGAUCUUCAUGAACACCUGUAACCCCUCCUCUCGCACGCAGCAAUGGCUGUUUGAACACACCAACUCAACAGUCUUGGAAAAAUUCAACAGAAACUGAGCCUCCACGCCCCGUGGGCAGGCCGGCGGGGUCUUCUCCAGCACUCACUGCAGCCUUCUUCUCCCAAGGGGCAGGCCUUCCGUGGGCACCGUGAUGGCAGAGGUGCCGGCCAACUGGUCCAGGGCGAAGUGGGCUCUUGAGGCUGGAGCCAGGUGUCUGCCUGGUCCUGGAGGCCCUGAGCUGGGGAGGUGGGGUGGAGAACAGAGAGCAGAGCCUGCUUUAACCCUGAUGGCAUCAUGGGAGUCCAGGAGGGCCUUUUCAGCUUUGUCUCUGUGUUCCCUUGAGCAUUAUGCAGGAGGAAUGUCAUGGCCCUAGGCCACCCAAAAAUGAGUCCCACAGGGUUGCCUAGCCUUCAGAUGGCUUGUACAUGACAGUCCUUUAGAAAGAGAGGCAAAUUUUGCCUGUUGGGGGCAGCUUUGAGCACCCAUGCCACCCGUGUGCGGCAAAGGGAAGGAAUUUUUUUCUGGGGCCACUGGUUUCAGCCUUUUAGUUUCCACCUGUUGUGGGGUAAGUGCAGUUACUGCCCAGCUUCUGUCCUCGGCCACAGCCCCAGGCCAUGCAGUCGAAGGCCAUACCCGGGGCCCUCAGAGUGUUCAGUACUGAACCCUGGCCAACUGCGAGGCCUGAGGACAGAAGCGGGAACCCCAGACAUUCCUUUGCAGCCGUGAACACACAGGAUGUCUCCCCUUGCUCUCUGGGUACUUGAAACGCCUAUUUUAGUCCUCUCCGGGCACAAGGACAGCCCAGCCACCAGCCAUUCAGGGCUGUGUUUCAGACAGCCUGGGCCCAUGGAAAAGGCCUAGUAGAAGACCUCCAAACUAGAUAUUCUGGCUGAAUUUUCCUGGCUGAUCAAUGCUUCCAUUUCCCUCUCUCUCUCAGGCAAAUUACCUGCCUUAAGAGAGGAACAGAGGUGUGAAGUGCUCACCUCACAGAGUCUGGAGGCCUCCUGGGUGACCAUGGGCAAGAUGCCUAGCCUCUGACCUCAUCAUGGUUCUAGUUCUCAUAGAGAACUCUGCAAUUUUUAAAGAACUCUAUAAGAUGAUCACAAACUAGAAUAUACAUAGGAUUCUGGUAUUCUAGCAUCCAAUAUGGAUUUCUAGAAUGCUGUGAUUAAGGGAGCCAGCCACGUGUAAUCCAUUCAAGGCAGCCCCCAGCCUAGAGACAAUCUGUGAAAUCCAAGGUUGGUGGUGUUGGGGGGAGGGGACGGGGGACCUGUGUCCAUCACAUCAUAUCAGAGGGCUUGGUGUGACACGGUCCUCAGUGCAGACCUGAAGCCGUACAACCUCCCACCAUCAUCACAGCUGCAGUGGAGAAAAGAACCCAGUGUCCCACCAGAUGUACACCCAGCUCCAUGCCAGUCCUUCGUGUUUACCUUUUGCUUUUUUAAGCAUGUGUCAGACUCCCAGAGGGCUCCCAGACUAACAGCAAGCGUUUCUGUAACCAGCCCGCCCCCACUGAUUCAGAAGUGGAAAUCACCUUCUACAACCUAUGGCUUCCACCGCUAGCCCUGGAAAUACUUGAAAUCAGUAUUCCAGUUAGAGUUGGAUCUCUUGAUUGUGUCAUUUAACAAAUAACUGAGACAUAAAUCUGGGAUCAGAGCCUUUGAGAUGCUGGCUGAUCUCAAGGCCAUCAAUUGUCUGGGGGAGAAAUAAACACUCCUGACCACUACCACCCCAAUUAAUCAUGUAGCUGGCAAAACAUCACUUCCACUUCUGCCCCAGCACAAGCCCUGCUCUGGCCACCUGUCCGCAAGAGAGGCGGCCCCUGUCCUUGCAAAGCUUGCCUGUUGAUCCCUCGUGUCUUUUCCAAAUGAGUGCUCCAUCUUUAGAAGUGGCCCUCUGUAGGAAGGAUGAGGCCCCUUCCAGAAUCGAGGAUAACAAAAGCGUUGCAAUUUGAGGAGUUGAGUUAGGAUUCAUCAUCAGAGAGCAAUGCAGCAUCAUUAAAAUAAAAACUGUGCCUUUUAAAAAGAAAAAAUGCAAAUGUACAGCAAAUCCCUAAACUUGAACCAUUUCCUAGUGCCUUGCUAGCCAAACAUAAAGGGGCAGGGUUGGGGGGAGGGGAAACGUUUUUGGUAGUGUGUGCAGUUGGAUGAGUGUGUGUUUCUUAAUGUCUAAUUUCAAGCAGGAGACGUUGGUCCUAGAGCAGGAUCUGAGACAGGGAUGUCCCCCAAGGGUCAGAGGCCAGAAGUUGUUCCAGUUAGUGCAAGAAACACUCCAAAUUUCAAAGGGCAGCUGGACAACUCAUUUAGUCCGUGGACUAGAAAGACCUCAGCAGCCCCUGAGAGAGGACGUGUUUGGGAUCCAUGCCUGCAGUCUUCCCUCCUAGCCUCCAGGUGGAGUGUGGAGCACUGGCUAGAUUUCCCAGUGGUCCCACUCCAAGUGGGUGACAAUGUGUUCAGCAAGACCAGGGCUCGUGAGGAAAGCGGGAGCAGCAGCAAGCGGUCCUCCGCCUUCAUCUUCCCCGCUCUGUAGUUCUCCUUUGGAGUCUGGUUUUGCACCCUGCACAAGGGAUGGGCGGGUCCUCUGAGCUCUCUGGCGUUUGUCAUUGGCUGAGCCCACACGUGUAGGUGCUGGGACUUGACAAAGUGUGUAAUGGAGGAAGGGUGGAGAGAAGUUCAUCGCUUAGCUGACCGACUGACUGAUUGCCAACACUGGCCUCUCAUUGUUUUGGCCUCAUUUCUGAAAACCACCUGUCUCAAGGAUUCAGGUUCCUGCUCACACUCCCAGAGCUGAUGCUCAAUAAAGCAGCCAGGAGCCUGUGGAGGUGCUGUCACCCAGGUCAUGGGUGAGAAUGUGGGCACCUUUUCCUCUAAAGCCUUUAUUCUGAGCAUGAGGUCACAAAGCAGGGUGUGGCUAGAAAGUAUCAUGACCGGGUGGCCCACCAGCAGCCUUUCCAAAGGGGGACUCCAGAAACAUUUCGGAAUGCCAAGAGCAUCUUUGCUGUAAGUACAAGGCUUUUGGAAGUGGCUAAAUGUGCAGGCACAUGUGUGAAAAGCCAUUCCAGCUUGUGCCUCCAGUUGGAGCUUUCAACUUUUAAAACAGGCCAGGAAGUGUUGAUUCACCCCUUUGGGAAGAAAUAGCUCAGAGGCAGAAGGGAGUCCAUCCACAGAAAAGAUCUGACCACGAACUACAGUAUACAUAGGAUUCUGGUAUUCUCUAGCAUCCAAUAUGGAUUUCUUGAAUGCUGUGAUUAAGGGAGCAUUGUGACAUUAGGUCCAGGGGAGCCAGAGCAGUUCUUGUUGAAGACGUAGCAGGAGGAUUCCCAUAUAUUCACUUUUCAAACCUACUACCUGUUGAAUUUCUUUUUCUCCUUAAGAAAUAGGUGAUAUCCUUGAAAAUGGCUCCAUAUUUCUUUCUGUGCAUCUCGAUUUUUCUAGUCUCUGCAGUCUCAAAAGAGUGGCAAAGCACUUUUCGGUAAUGGCUGAGAGAUCUGGAUUCCUUGUUUCAGCGAUCCGUAGUUUGUACAGAUUGGGUGAUCUUUUCUAAUUCCUAGGAGGAAAUGCACUUUUAAAGUUUUCUGAAGAUGUCUAAGUGCAGGAGAGGGGCAAGAGUCCAGUUCUGUUCUGGAAUUCUUUUCUGCUUUCAACUGAUGCUCUUUGUGAAAAUCGAAGUAAUAUUUUAGUUCAAAGUUGAUCUUGAGCCAAGGCCCACUGCCACCUCUGGGGUGGGAGUUGGACCUACAUUCCAAGUGACAAGGUCCUCUUAACAUCCGCUCCCAAAAUGUUCUUGAUUGAGCCGUGCCAGGCAACAGGGUUGGGCUCCUGCUCUGUUAUUGGCUUGAAGACUGGGAUCCCAAAGGGAUUACAGGCAGGGAGAUUUGAGAAGUCAGACUGGGAUUCCUUAGAGAAGGGUCAAGACCACCAACCUCUCUUCUCCUGCCUGGAAAAGUGAGCCUUUGUGAAGAACUGACUUACCAUGUACAAUUGUGACUGUGAUUGUUGUUGAGUAAACCUCCAGACUUUCUCUAA